UCCAUCCCUCUUGAAACAGCUGUCCUAUCAAACAUCCGACCCUCGGCACACCCACGCCAAAGCCGAAGGCACCCCUCCCACGUCUUGCUCCUGACCUUGUGCAGCACUCUAGUUUGCCCUCGUCAAAAAUGGGGUUCAGAACUGGAUUCGUCAUUGCAGCCGUUUCUUUCCUUUAUGGCGUGCUGUUCAUUGUCUCCAUCUAUGACUUCCCGCUGCUGUACUACUCGCCAUUCGAUGAGGCGGCAGUAGAGCCAGCGGAGCGUUUCUACCUCUCACUCUUCAAUGGACCAACAGCCGUGCAGGCACUACUGCACGGAAUGAUGGCACUAGGCCUUAUCGGUCUUGUCGCAAAAUUGCACAGGUGGACGGAUGCGGCGAAGUAUUACGACGGAGGGAGUCUCGUCAUAUACAUGGCCGCUGUCUGCAUGUACGGCGCCGUCUCCGUACCCAACCUGCGUCUGAUAGCGAAUCCGAACAAUGUCGACUAUCUCGACCGCUCUUCGAUCCGCACGCAGCGCGAGAAACAGGCUGAGGAUGCAGCCAAGGGUAUCGCACCUCCUCCACCAACCGGCCCAAUGACCGGCGAAGAGCGCAUCGCAGCGCUGCGCAUUCUCGGCGCGACUAACAGCAUCAUUGUUGCCAUGCUUGCAGGCGUCGUACUCCUGCAGGUCUCAGAUUGGUACUUGGGCAGGCAGGAGAAGCUGGCCAAGGACGCAGAGCGCGAGAAGCAAAUGGCGGAAAUCCUCAAGGUCGAGGGUAAGAAAGAUAAAUAAAUGAACGUCUAAAGUGACAUUGAUCUCGCAACGUGCAGGCUCUGUGCGAACGGCGAGCAAUUAUCUCACAAAUCAAAGCUCUGCACCUAAUCCUGGACACGCGAAUCUACUCGUCCAAUAGAUUGGAUGCCCAUAACAGCGAUAUAGACGAGCUGAAUGCUCGGGAAUAAAUGCAUUCAAAGCAAUAAAGUUAACAUUCGG